AUGUCGUCGGAGCUUGCCAUUCUUCUGAUCACCACCUUCAUUACGAUUUCGUGUUAUUCGACAUUGUCUCAUGCCUUAUUACAUCCUGAUACUGUGUCUCAUGGUGUUUCAAGAAACAGCCAUUUUUUAACUACCAAUGAGCUUUGGUUCAAUCAAACCCUAGAUCAUUACUCUCCUUACGAUCAUCGUAAAUUCAGACAACGAUACUAUGAAUAUAUGGAAAAUUUCAGAGCUCCAGAUGGUCCUGUCUUUAUGAUAAUAUGUGGUGAAGGUCCUUGCAGUGGCAUAGCUAAUGAUUAUAUAAGUGUAUUAGCAAAGAAGUUUGAAGCUGGAGUGGUUUCAUUAGAACAUAGGUACUACGGAAAAAGUUCUCCUUUUAACUCAUUAGCUACAGAGAAUAUGAAAUACCUUUCGUCGAAACAAGCCCUUUUCGAUUUGGCUGCUUUCCGUAAACAUUACCAGGAAUCUUUGAAUGUUAAGUUGAAUACAAGUAGUGGUGGUAAUGAGAAUCCGUGGUUCUUCUUCGGGAUUUCUUAUUCGGGAGCUUUAAGUGCGUGGUUCCGUCUUAAGUUCCCGCAUUUGACUUGUGGAAGCCUCGCUAGUUCUGCAGUUCUUCGUUCUGUCUACGAAUUCUCUGAAUUAGAUCAGCAGAUAGGUGAGUCAGCUGGUCCGGAAUGCAAAGCUGUAUUACAGGAGACUAAUAGACUCUUGGAAUUGAGGCUUAAAGUAAACGGAAAUGCGGUGAAAGCGCUCUUUAACGCCACCGAGCUUCUUGUUGAUGCUGAUUUCUUAUACUUAACCGCAGAUGCAGCGGUUAUGGCAUUCCAGUAUGGAAAUCCAGAUAAACUAUGUGUUCUGCUUGUUGAAGCAAAGAAGAACGGUAGCGAUUUAGUGGAAACAUAUUCUAGAUAUGUUAGAGAGUAUUGUAUGAGAGUUUGGGGACUACGCGUUAGAAUAUAUAACCGGAAACAUCUGAGAAACACUGUAGUUACCGCAGACAGUGCAUAUCGGCUAUGGUGGUUUCAAGUUUGCACAGAAGUAGCAUAUUUCCAAGUAGCACCUCCAAAUGAUUGCGUUCGAUCUCAGAAAAUCAAUACAGAGUACCAUUUGGAUUUAUGCAAGAGCAUUUUUGGGGAAGGUGUAUACCCUAAAGUUGAUGCAACAAACAUGUACUAUGGUGGCGAUAGAAUUGCGGCAACCAAAAUCAUCUUCACAAAUGGGUCACAAGAUCCAUGGAGACAUGCUUCCAAACAGACCUCAUCUCCUGAAUUGCCUUCUUACAUCAUGAAUUGCACUAACUGUGGCCAUGGAACUGAUCUAAGAGGAUGUCCUCAAUCUCCAAUGGUCAUUGAAGGUAAAUCAAAUCAUUGCAGCUCACCAGAUGCUGUAAACAAAGUGAGGCAACAGAUGGAAGAACACAUCGACUUAUGGUUGUCUGAAUGUCGCGGAUCGACUAUGACUUCUACUACGUAG